ACGGCUGUCAAACCAGUUAUUGGCCUGAAUAUACUGAUCGCUCCCAGAUCAGAAGUGGCCAUUAAAUUUCAAAGAAAAAGAAAUUACGGCUGCGACCGAGAACACUUUCGUUUUUCGCUGUAUGUCGUAAUUUUUAUAUUAAAAUUGGUUGAUGAGUAAAAGACGAUAAAGGAUUAGCGAUAAGUAUAAAGCAAUCUUUUUACGACAUUCGGCGUGAAAAUAUAUAUAUUUAUAUCUGUUGGAAAAGUUAUCACAAAAGUUUUAAGUUUUGCAUAAAAAUGUUACAAGAUUAUGAAUUUUUUCUUCGUUUGUGCAAGAAACGUAAAAUUUUCUCGGCUCAUGAGAUCUCAGAUGCGAUCAAAGUUAGCAGUAUCACUGGGGAAUUACGAUUAUCUUGCCUAUCAAUAAUAAUACCAAUUUGCGAGAUUAUAGCACAGACAUUAGUGUCCAGUUCUACGAUUAAAACACUCGAUAUGAGUGACUGCAUGUUACUACCAAAGGGUCUUGAUAGCAUUCUUAACGCAUUCUGCGAGGGAACUACUGUGACAACUCUAAAGUUAAAGGGUAAUAAUGUAAAUGGGCCUUCAGUUGCGCAAUUAGGACGGAUUCUUGCAUACAACAACACACUCAAACAAUUAUAUAUCGAGUGGAAUAGCAUAGGAUCUUAUAUAGAUUCAUUUGCUAUUUUCUGCGAUGGCUUAACUAAAAAUCACAACAUCGAGCAAGUCGAUCUCAGAUACAAUCAAAUAUCGCCACAUUGCGCUCAGCAUCUAUGUAAAAUGAUACAUCGGAAUAAGGUUUUGAAAAGCAUCGAUUUGUCCUGGAAUACAUUGGGCUUGCAAGGCGGGCAACUGCUAUUGAAAGCAAUAUGUGAAAACAAGAUUAUUACCAACCUUGUUCUGUAUGGAAACUGUAUACCUGAGGACAUUAUGUUAGCGAUUGAAAAACAGCUACAAGAAAAUCGUCAUAGAUAUUCCAUUGCCAAAAUCGCUUUAUCUAUCGAUGCAAAAUUCAUAAAAUUUCCGACAGAAACGAUAGUAAAGGAUUUUAUACUGUCAACAACAAGUAACGAUCUUAAAACUGCAUAUUCAGAGCAAAAGCAUUUAAUGCUGCAUCAGAAAGAAAAAGUCGAGACUGUUAUUCUUCAAUCAUCUGCAAAUAUGGAGAUUAACGAUCGAAUUAAUCUUUUAGAAAUAAACUCGGGAAUAAAUACAGAAUUGGAUGACGAUAAAAAUAAUUCAAACGCACGUGUAAAUAUUUCCUCAAGAGAUUACAAUAAUAAGGCAACCGAGAUAGAUGCCAAGAUUGUCGAUCUCGCUAAAAUGUUACAGGAACGUACUACAGUAAUCGAUCAACUGACCGGUGAGCUCACGACAAAAAUCGCAGAGAUGAAUGAUAUACAAGCACAGCUAAGCUUGCUACAAACUGAGAUUAAUCAAUUGCAGGAGGAGAAGCAGAAGUUUGAUUCGGAUAAAGCUAGGGAAAUUGCCGAAUUGCAGAAGAGUCAUGAUGAAGCAAAGAAAAACUGGCAGAAGAGUUAUAAGGAUUUGAAGAACGAUUAUAGUGAAUGUUCGCAAAACAAAAAAGAGGCAGAUUCUAAGAUUCGACAAUAUGAAAAAGAAAUUCACAAAAAUCUAUUGAAUAUUGAUUUACAAAGGAAUAAGCUUGAAUCUACUACGCGAGCGUACGAAGAUCUGCUAUCGAAGAAUAAGAUUGAUAUGUAUCGUUUGAAAAGAGAAUCCAAGGAGCGCGAUAAUAAAUACAGAAUCGAACUCAAUAUUCUGAAAAACACACUAAAAGAGAUUACACAAGCUUUUAAAGUUUGCCAGAGCAAAUUACAUAAAAGCAGAAGCAAACUGCACGAUUUGUGUGAAAAACAAAGGCUUUUAAAGAUUAAAUUAAACGACGCGGAGCAUAAAGUAUUCAGGUAUGCAAAACUGGAAGAAAGUUACAAAAAAAUAGAAGAGGAGAAAAAUAUAUUGAAAGAAAAAUUGGCUGAUUCUCAAAGAAUUGUGUCCUUCUUGCAAUGCCAAAUAUCAAGUUUUCAGAACGAGUUAGUCGAACCUCAAAGACAAUACAAUUUGCUUAAAGAUAAGCUUAAUCAAGAAAAACAGAUAAGCGAGAAGUUAAAACAAGAACUUUUCGAGGAAAGAGCAAGAUUAAAAGAUCAAAAUAUUCAAAUGGAAAAUAUGAAUCAACAGAUUACUGCGCUCCAUGUGCGAUUAAACGAAGUUCAAAUUAUUCACACUGAACUGUUUUGCGAUAGCGAUAGAGAAAGAAAACAGCUCCAAGACAUUAUUUCCAGCAAAGAACGUAAUAUUACGGAAUUACGCAUUGGAGAAGUUCAAAGGGCUGGACAACUUUAUGCAGCAUUUAGCAAAUACCUGAGUUCUAUAGGCCCACAUCCAAUUUUGUGAUUCUUUCAAAGCAUCAAUAUUUACUUCUAUAAGAGCACACAAUACAGCAAAAUAUAUAAUAUAAAUAAGUCACAUAUAGGCACAAAUUUCACAUUAUUGGCAGUUUUUUGGCCCAAGCAUAUUGA